AUGGAGAAGCUGUUGCCCCUGACAUCAGGGGACAAUGAACCCAUUGUCCAUCACAGAACGCAUUCCCACAAAGACUGUUGUGAGCGAGUGGUGAUCAACGUUUCAGGCUUACGCUUCGAGACUCAAGUGAAGACUUUGCGGCAGUUCCCUGACACCCUACUGGGCGACCCGCGACGACGGCUCCACUACUACGAUCCAAUGCGCAACGAAUACUUCUUUGACCGCAACCGGCCCUGCUUUGACUCCAUCCUGUAUUAUUACCAAUCCGGAGGGCGGCUCCGACGGCCUACCAACGUCCCCAUUGAUGUUUUCCUGGAGGAACUCAAGUUCUACCAGCUGGGAGAGGAGGCUCUCUCCAAAUUCCGCGACGAUGAGGGCUUCAUUAAAGAGGAAGUACCGGCAAUGCCUGACAGUGAGUUCCUCAAACAGAUCUGGCUGCUCUUUGAACACCCAGAGACUUCCCAGGCUGCCCGCAUCAUUGCCAUCAUCUCAGUGUUGGUCAUUCUCAUCUCUAUUGUGAUUUUCUGCCUGGAGACCCUGCCUGAGUUUCGGGAUGAGAGGGACAUCUCAUUGCCGAUUCAUCAUCAUCAUCGUUUGAAUAGCAGUGGACCUUACGCCCUACUGCCACCGAAAUCCCAUUCGGAAGACCCCUUCUUCAUUGUAGAGACUAUUUGCAUCUGCUGGUUCUCGUUUGAGUUCUUAGUGCGGUUCAUGGCGUCCCCAAGUAAGCCAGCCUUCUUCAAAAACAUCAUGAACAUUAUUGAUUUUGUGGCCAUCAUCCCUUACUUCGUGGCCCUCGGCACUGAGUUUGCACGCCAGCGUGGUGUAGGCCAGCCUGCAAUGUCCUUGGCGAUCCUCAGGGUUAUCCGGCUGGUGAGGGUCUUCCGAAUCUUCAAGCUCUCCAGGCACUCCAAAGGGCUGCAGAUCCUGGGGCAGACCCUCAAGGCCAGCAUGAGGGAGCUUGGCUUGCUCAUCUUCUUCCUUUUCAUUGGAGUUAUCCUCUUCUCCAGCGCUGUCUACUUUGCUGAAGCUGACCACGACGACACAAACUUCAGCAGCAUCCCUGCAGCAUUCUGGUGGGCAGUGGUCACCAUGACAACGGUGGGCUAUGGUGACAUGUACCCUGAGACUGUUGGUGGCAAAAUUGUGGGAUCCCUGUGUGCCAUCGCUGGGGUGCUCACCAUUUCCCUCCCGGUGCCUGUUAUUGUCUCCAACUUCAGCUACUUCUACCACCGUGAGACAGAGGGUGAGGAGCAAAGCCAGUACACCCACAUUACUACUUGCCCAUACACCCCACCACCAUCUCCGGCCCCCGCUGCCAUCCGAGAGAAGGCUCACUUAAGGGAGAAGCACCAAGGAGACUUUGCACUGACACAGCCAAAUUCAGAAUUGCUCGAUGGCAUGGUGCCCAUGGGCAACUCCACCGUGCUCAACAGACGUCUCGUUACCCAAGUGUGA